AUGAGUAAAGUAAAGACAAAUAUUAAAGAGAGAUCUGAAAAAAACAAAGAAAAACACUUUAAAGAACUUGAAAAAGAUGCAGAAAAGAAUAUCUCUGGGAGAUUAGAGAAGUCUAUGAAAAGUGAAAAGCUAAAAAAAAAUAAAACCUCCAAAUCUAAGAAAUUGGAGGAUAAUAGUAGCAAAGAGAAUCAGAUACAUUGUAUACCAGAGAAUAAAGAGAAUGCUGAGGAAUGCAAACAAACUAAAGAUGAAGCCUUGAAAGUUAAAAAGAAGUCUAAACUAAAAAAAAAGACGAAAAAAGUUAGAAGUGAAUGUUGGACAGCAGAUAUGAUUAAACAAAGUAUUGAGAAUUUGGAGGGAAAGUUAAAUAACGAGUCUGAAAAACUAUCCAAGUCCAAAAAAAGAAGAAUAAUAAUGAGACUUUCAAAGUUGCAAAAAGGUUUAAGAGGAGAAGUUGAAAUCGGAGGUCAGAUUCAGAAAAGCAUUAAAACGAUUAAAAGGGAAAUGAAACAAAAAAGCAUGAAUUCAAGCAUAUCACUUAGAAAAAAUUCGAAUGUGGUUUGCUUGUGUUGUAGAAAAAAAGGGCACCAGAUGUCUGACUGCAAGUACUAUAAACCAACUAUUGAAGAAGCUAAAGAUAAAAAUGACACAAACAGCAUUGAAGAAAGUGGCGCCUUAGAGAAAAAAAUAUUCAAGUGUUUUUUAUGUGGAGAACUAGGGCACACACUUAAAGACUGCAAAAAGCCAAGAAGUGACAACUCUGUCUUACCAUUUGCAAGCUGUUUUAAGUGUGGGAAAGCAGGACACAUAGUUGCUUUCUGUCCUAAUAACGAAACGGGAUCUAUAUAUCCAAGAGGAGGAAGUUGUAAUUUCUGUGGUUCAGUCAAACAUCUUGCUAGAAAUUGUGACCAAAAAGUCUCAAAAACUAACAAGAACAAAAAAUCAAUUGGAACAGGAAAAAUUAAAGAUAAGGAAAAGACAAUUAUGGAAAUAGAUGACCCAGAUAUGAUGUGGAAUGAAGCAAUGAGAUAA